AUGGUCGUCAAAUGCAAAGAUGAGCCGCCAAAGGAGGUGGUGGUCAACAGCCCGUCCCAGAAUAGCCGCGGGCCUUCGGACGAGUUCGAAGCAGUCGAGCCAAAGGCACCGUGGUGGUCGUAUAUAUGGGAUUAUGAGCCGGAAAGAUCUCACGAGGAACGCGUCUUCAUCCAGAAGCUUGACAUGUUCUUGAUCACCAUGUUGUCGUUUGGUUACUUCAUCAAGAAUUUGGAUCAAACAAACAUAAGCAAUGCUUUCGUUAGUGGAAUGAAAGAAGACCUGUCUAUGAAUGGCAACGAGAUUAAUCUUAUUGACACGGCUUGGACGGUUGGUUACGUCAUUGGCCAGAUCCCGUCACAAGUCAUUUUGACCAAGGUUCGGCCCUCCAUCUGGGUUCCGUCGUGCGAGCUUUUGUGGACUCUCUUAACCUUCUGUCUUGCCGCUGCAAAAACGUCGAAUCAUGUCAUCAUAAUCCGAUUCUUUGUCGGAGUCGCCGAGUCAAUAUUCUACCCGGCAGCGCAUACCAUUCUUGGAUCUUGGUAUAAACCAUCGGAACUAGGGAAACGGGCCUGUAUAUUCCACGCUUCGUCAGCCGUGGCUAGCAUGUUCUCAGGAUAUCUUCAGGCUGGGGUGUACACGGGGCUCAACGGGGUUGGCGGACUCCCUGGGUGGAAAUGGCUGUUUAUUAUGGACGGAAUUAUCAGCACCCCAAUCUGUAUUGCUGGCUUUUUUUUGCUGCCGGAUCUCCCCGAAGACACGAAGGCCUUUUAUCUCAAUGAAAAUGAUCGUGUCCUGGCCAAGAGACGCAUGGAAAGUAUCGGCAGGGCACCACGUACAAGAUUGGGACGCUCAGCAUUCAAGCGUAUCUUUGGCCGUUGGCACGUUUACCUCCUCUCGAUCCUGUACAUCAUUUUCAUCAAUACAGGACCGUCGAGCAGUAUCAACCCCAUGUCUAUCUGGCUCAAAGCCAAGGGUUUAUCUGUCCAGCAAAUUAAUAUCAUACCUACGGCCGCUUCAGCUAUUCAGCUAGUCCUCACCGUGUCUUUCGCCAUGGUGUCCGACGCCAUCCGUCACCGUGCGCGCAUCAUGUCUCUCUCGACCUUCCUUGGUGGAUUCGCAGCCCUUGUCCUAGCAAUCUGGAAUAUUCCAGAUGGGCUCAAGUGGUUUGCAUUUCUUCUUCAGCGUGCGGCCGUUCCAUAUGGCCCACUUUCUAUCAGUUGGGCUAACGAGAUCUGUGGCGCUGAUGCGGAAGAACGCGCCAUUGUUAUCGGAAUCAUGAACUCACUGGGAUAUGCAUUCAACGCCUGGUUGCCAUUGCUUACCUAUCCGCAAGUGGACUCGCCCACCUUUAAAAAGGGCUUCAUCUUCUCGGUCGCUGCUUUUGUAGCCCAAGCGGUUAUUACAGCAGCUGUGGCCUUCAUGUACAAACGGGAUCAGAAAAGGGCAAAGCAAGAGACGGCAAGAGACGAGGAGGGCGUGGAAGUACGUUCAUCUGAUGGUGUCACAGGUGUCACAGCCUAG